AUGGAUUCGAAUUCGGAUCUCCAAUCUCCCCUCGCUGGUGACCAAGCCUUGCCAUCGAAGAAUCUAAACUCGGAAGUCAUACUCGACAAGCCUUUCGAUGACCUCGCUUGCCAUAAUAACCCCCCUUCCGGAAUCGAAUCUUCCAAGCUCGACCUUGUUGGCAAAAUGCCGAUAGAACUUGUCGUCAUGAUCUUUGAAAACAUCCGUUUUACAGAUGUGCUACGUCUACAGACAGUCUCAAAAACCUGGAGUAGACUCUUGUCUUCCCGCACCGUGCAACAUGCCGUGAUCCAGACGCUGGGACCGUGGUUUGCAAACGAGGCCAUCCCAGAUACGGCUACUUUUCUCAAGAAAAGAGCCAGAAUCGAAGAUAUCUACACUGUAUCAGAGAUUACUUUUAAGUCGACCUGCAAGGGUGAGCGGUCUAUCAUCACGGGGAGAUUUCUACGCCCAGGGAAUUGGGCUGUGAACGCCAGUUACUCAGAAGGCCAUUUUGCAUGGAUUGAUUACACGGAUUGGAAUGUUAAUGUGCUGAACUUGUGGACUGGAGCAUUCAGCCUAUUCAAGACAAAAGUUACGGAUGUACUUUUUAGUGCAUAUGUGUCGAAAGUGAUCGUAGUGGCGAUCGGUCAACAAAAAUGCCAUGUGUGGAAUCUCCAGACCCAUGAGCACACCGAAUUCCAGAUAUCUCACUACUGCGCGAAGGAAAAUAUCUUGGUUCGCGGAACCAAGGUGCUUUUCAUACAACCAGACUCGGAUGUGGAUGGCGAAGGCUACUUCAUUCAUUGGAGCCUCGAGUCGCGUAUUGCACGCACAAUACCAUGGAAUGCUCCAAGGUCCACCAGAGCUAUCAGGUCUGUGACUCUAGACCCAACCGAAGACAAGUUUACCGUCGUGUAUCUUGAUGACCACCUUAAGGAUAUCCCCUGUACGGGGUGGGAGUACAUGGGGAGACUAGACCGCCCGAGUAUAGAUCUCCUGGUAGAUUUGCGAAACAGUUAUGACAUUGGACCGAAUUUAGCGAUAUCUUCAGACUCAAAGGUACAUAUUGAAACUUUGGCGCUAGGAGAUGGAGAAGGAGAUAGGGCCUUUCGAUCUACAUCCCACCAGAUUCAAAAACUACCUUCGCGACAUCGCAGAGAAGAACCUGGCGAGGAUGAAGAGUCGAUAGGAUCAGGCUCGAGGCUCUUCUCCCUUGAGAGGGGCCAGGAACUUGUCAUUCAUACGGCUCCUCGAUAUGGGUCAGAUCUGUUGAAUUGCGUUUCCCCAAGCCCGGGAGUCCUUUAUGCCUCGGGGAUCUCGUGGCGCACAGGAAAACCCAAGGCCGAAAUCAAUGUUUUGCACGCUGUCCGGUGCGACGGCCACUUUCGUGAUUACGAAGACUAUUGCUGGUCCCCGUAG